ACACCCAACAUGGCAGCCGGGAGCGGCCGCCGCGGCGCACAGCGCGCCAUCCCCGCGGGGCGGGGAGUUGGUCAGCGGCCGCCUCACGUGAGGAGCUGAAGAGGGAACAGCCGGGGCUGCGUGGGACGGAGCCGCGGUGCUGGAAGGAGUUUUUCCACCAUGAGGAUACAAUACCUGGUCCCCACUCUGCUGUACCUCUCACUUGAGCUGCUGAGGCCUGGCGACGGAGCCAUCGUAUUGUCUGUCCCUGAAGUGGUUUCAUUAGAAAGUGGAAGUUCAACAAACGUCACCAUCUCUCUGAGAGCUCCAUUAAAUGAGACCCUGGUGAUAACUCUUAAUAUUACACACUCAUCAAAGAACAGCACCAUUAUUGAGCUGCCUGAUGAAGUACAAUUGCCAGCAGGUCACACUAAAGCAGACUUCCAAGUGAAAGCAGAUGAUGUUGGACAAGUGACAGUUUAUCUUUAUACCCUUAAUUCCAACAUAACUGGACCUAGGAUUCAAUUUCAAGUGAUUCAUAGCAUCAUAGUGAGAUAUGCUGAUGAGGUGAUUGGCUGGAUCUAUUUCCUCGCCUGGUCUAUCUCCUUUUAUCCUCAACUCUUUGAGAACUGGCGCCGAAAAAGUGUUGUUGGACUAAGCUUUGACUUUAUAGCAUUAAACCUUACUGGCUUUAUAGCAUACAGUGUGUUCAAUGUUGGACUCUUCUGGAUUCCCUUGAUCAAGGAGGAAUUCUUGGUCAGUUAUCCCAGUGGGGUGAACCCUGUGGCCAUCAAUGAUGUCUUCUUCAGUCUCCACGCAGUAGUUCUAACACUCCUCACCAUCAUUCAGUGCUGCAUCUACGAGAGAGAGGGUCAGAAAGUAUCCAAAGUUGUUGUUGGACUACUGGCACUUGCGUGGAUCUUCACAUUUACCAUCCUGUUUCUUGCUGCAGCCGAGGAGAUGACGUGGCUGCAGUUCCUAUUCUGCUUCUCUUACAUUAAACUGGCAGUCACACUCAUAAAAUAUUUUCCACAGGCGUACAUGAACUUCCGUCGGAAGAGCACUGAGGGAUGGAGUAUUGGAAAUGUGUUGUUAGACUUCACUGGUGGAAGCUUCAGCCUUCUCCAGAUGUUUUUGCAGUCAUACAACAAUGAUGAAUGGAAGUUAAUCUUUGGGGAUCCAACCAAGUUUGGCCUGGGUUUCUUCUCCAUCAUCUUUGACAUUGUUUUUAUGGUCCAGCACUACUGCCUUUAUAGGAGACGAGGGUAUGAACCUUGUGAAUAACAUCCCUCCAGAAGACAAACACUUUCAACUGAACUUACCCCUACCCUGGCUGAGGGCUCUCAAGCUGCCUGCUGCCAGAAAAAAAAGACAGUUCUGAUCUCUGUUUAUUCUUCAGUCCUCUCUGGUGUGGAAUAUGAGCUGUUGCUUCACCAAAUGCUGAUUGCCAGGUGCCUUAAAGGACAGGAACCUCUCUAACCACCACUUGCAAAGGGGUGACCUGUUGAAGCUACAGACAGCUUAGUGUGAGCUAAGCAACACGUGGCUCUUUUUCCAUUAACAACAGGAAAGAGAAAGAACAGAGUGAUGUCUUUCUGAUGGGAAGUGAAGUACAAAGAGCAGAGUUCUGGCUUCCAACCAUGUGAGAUCGUGUUUAGGCAACCACUUAAUAUCUCACUGUAAUGAGUGAAGGCUGCCUGUGGAUCUAAGUGCUGCUGCUGCCUCCUCACUGCAGAACAUGACUCGGGCUGGCUAACAGCUGUAGUGGUACAUAAAAGAACAAUGAAGUGGGCAGCAAAUACACAAAUAGUAAAACCUGAACUCUUACUGAUUAUUAUACUGAAACUGGAUUACUACUGAAAGCUCUUUCAAAGGUGCCAAGACAAGGGCUCAGACUUAUCUGAAGACUUACAGUGCACUAACUUGAUUUUGCACACUUCUGCUGACAUGCCUUCAAUCCUAAAUGGUGGAUGGGAAAAAGUAAAGAUCUAUUACAGGGGUUA